CCCUCACAUGGGUGGUGUCUUUCCAAUCACGUCCGCCAUCCUGGCGGAAGCCUAUCCGCACCUGGACUUGAUCCUAUCGCGGGAUCGUGACAGCUACAAGUCGGAUAAAUUCUUUGCCGCGUUAGCCUCCAAGAUGCCACCCCCCGAAGCAAAUCGUAAAAAGGUCGGGGAAAACAAGGAAAUGGGAAAAGACUCGGUACCAGAAGUGGGUAAAGGUCAACCGCCACCAGCUUUUGAAAAAACCCCGGCAGAAAAGGAGCAACGUGAGAAGAGACCGGAAACUUGUUUACGAUCAUCAAUGCUUAAGCUGUACAAAAUUCUUGAUUCUCCUCCAAAGAAGAAGAAAAAAGAGGACAAGUUGGACGAGCACGACCCUGAGUUGACCCCGGAAGCAAAAAGUGCUCGUCAAACUGUUCAUAAGAAAUCACAUGAGUUGAUUGACCUGACAAUAAAAAAUGAUACAACUCGGGACAUUAAUUUCGGCCAAUCUUCACAAAACUUAACAGAAGAUCACAGGUAGAAGAAUCAGGUUCAUGCGGGGAACCCGAUGUAGCGGUGUCAAGUUCACGGGAUUCAACGGGACCCGAUCCCGAAGCGGAUUUCACCGAAUUCGAUCCAAACGACGAACCGGAUUUCACCAAAUUCGAUCCAAACGACGAACCGGAUGCAAAAGGAUCCAGUUUACAUCCCUCGGAUCCGGAUGUCCUCUUAUUCGUGACGGACCCACACACCGUGAUAAGACUGAAUCCGUCCCUUUUCCUUUCCGAAGGUACUAGUUGGUCGGCGAGUAGUCUGCUGCCCUCUGAGGGGAAGAAAAGGCUAGAGAAGAAGGAUGACGACGUCCCCGACCCACCACCACCACCACUUCCGGUCUUCCCGACAAUUCCGGCAGGUUGUACGGAAACCCUGCUUGGGAUCGACUUCACCCCUGAAGAGUAUCUCGAGCAGACGAUCGCAGAUAAUUACUAUGCUCAAGGGCUUAAACUGGUUGAUGGGGUCAGACGAGUCGUGUUCUAUCAUCGAGACAAUUUUUCAAAUGGCGCAACCUCAUAAUAAUUGUAUUACUCUUUUACAAAGUAAAUAUAAUCUACAUAUACACAUAUAUACAUAUAUAUAUAUAAACUGUACUAAAUUCGACUCAUGCUGACUUGUAAACAGGAAAGAUUGCCCCGGAUGUACUAUAGUUAACUCAAUACAAAAUUCAACCCGAGCAUGUUUGUAACAAGGGUAACAUUAUUUUUAAGAGUGUGCUUUGGUGCAUACACAUAAAUACAUAUCUACAUAUGUAACGUUCAAAUGAUGCUCCUGAACCAUUUCGGUAGGUGGCUACUAAAUAUGCGUCUGGAAUUUUAAGUGUAACUUUUCACAUCACGAAUUAUGCAUCACUUUUCUCAAUGUUUAUAAUAAUCUCUGCUAUUACUAAAUAUAAAAUAAAAAUGAA